CUGGUCCCUCACGCUUCUCCCCUCGGCCAUUGCUCCACUUUUCUUCUUCUUUCUCGGAGCUGUACUGGAUCAAACUGCUCGAAACCCUAGCCCUAAUCGAAGGUAGAAUCAAUUUCUGGUCCUUGGGGGAUUGAUGGCUGUAACAAACGUGGUGGUGCCCCGAGUGUUAGCGCUGGCUGCGGUGAUACUGACGCUGCUCUCUCCAUCGACUUCAUCCAACUCCGAGGGCGACGCGCUUUAUGCGCUAAGGAGGAGCCUCAAUGAUCCAGAUAACGUGCUCAAGAGCUGGGAUCCGACGCUUGUCAAUCCAUGCACUUGGUUUCACAUCACAUGUAAUCAGGACAAUCGGGUCACGAGAGUGGACCUGGGAAAUUCAAACCUAUCCGGCCACCUUGUGCCUGAUAUUGCCAAACUUGAACAUUUGCAGUACUUGGAACUGUACAAAAAUAACAUUGAAGGAACCAUCCCUAGAGAGCUUGGCAACUUGAAUAGCCUUAUAAGCUUGGACCUGUACAACAACAACAUCUCAGGGACUAUUCCUCCGCAGUUGGGGAAACUAAAAUCUCUAGUAUUCUUGCGGCUUAAUGACAACAAGCUUAGCGGUAAAAUCCCAAGAGAGCUAACUGGAAUUUCUAGCCUCAAAGUCUUGGAUGUCUCCAACAAUGAUCUUUGUGGCACCAUUCCUACCAUUGGACCUUUUGAACGCAUCCCCAUGAAUAAUUUUGAGAACAAUCCCCGUUUGGAAGGUCCGGAGUUGCUUGGGCUUGCAUCCUACGACACGAACUGCUGAGCAGGUGAUAUUGCAAUUUGCAUAAAGGCCAUCGUUAAACUAAGUAUUUUGUUACCUGUCUACAUAAUAUAUUGUAAAUGUUAUUUUACAUUUCAUAAAACCUUGUAAUGAAUCUCUAAGCAAUGCGUGCUCUGCUUCUACGGUGUAUUUAUGUAAAUGAUAAAAUGGCUUGUUCUCAA